GGCCGCGGACCGGAGGGGCCCGAGCGGCGGCCGAGCCCGAGCCAGAGCCGGCGAGGGCGGCUGCGGUCCCGGCGGCGGCGGGAGAAGAUGGUGGCGCUGGAGGUAGGAGCGGCCCGAGCGGAGCUUGAUUCCCAGGCUCGGCACCAACGCUGUCGUUAGAGCCGGCUGCUCCCGCGGGCCCGCGGACCCAGCUGUCAGGCAAGGGAGAAAAAAUUAGAAAUGAUGAAAUAUUUUGACUGGUGCAGCAAUGAAGCACUGUUCUUAUCAGCACAUCAGCCGGGUGGAGCAAAAUGAGAGCGCAGUGAGCCGGCCCAGCCUCUCGCCCAACCUCUCCCCCAGCCGUCCCGACGCCCACCAUGAACCACUUGGAGGCGUCCGUGGAGGUGGAGGUGACCGACGAGGCGGCAGGCGGGGAGGUGAACGAGUCGGUGGAGGCUGACCUGGAGCACCCCGAGGUGGAGGAGGAACAGCAGCACCACUAUGCGGGCCGGCCCCUGCGCGGCCGCGCCGUCGAGGACCUCCGCGCCCAGCCUGGGCCGCAGGAGGAGGAGGAGCGCGGGGAGUGCCUGGCGCGUUCGGCCAGCACGGAGAGUGGCUUCCACAACCACACCGACACAGCCGAGGGCGACGUGAUCGCCGCGGCCCGCGACGGCUACGACGCGGAGCGCGCGCAGGACCCGGAGGACGAGAGCGCGUAUGCCGUGCAGUACCGGCCCGAGGCCGAGGAGUACACGGAGCAGGCGGAGGCCGAGCACGCCGAGGCCACGCACCGCCCUGCGCUGCCCAACCACCUGCACUUCCACUCGCUGGAGCACGAGGAGGCCAUGAACGCGGCUUACUCAGGCUACGUCUACACGCACCGGCUCUUCCACCGCGGUGAGGACGAGCCCUACGCCGAGCCGUACGCUGACUACGGGGGCCUCCAGGAGCACGUGUACGAGGAGAUUGGGGACGCGCCCGAGCUGGAUGUGCGCGACGGCCUGCGGCUGUACGAGCAGGAGCGCGACGAGGCCGCCGCCUACCGCCAGGAGGCCCUGGGCGCGCGGCUGCACCACUACGAUGAGCGCUCCGACGGCGAGUCCGACAGCCCCGAGAAAGAGGCAGAAUUCGCGCCCUACCCGCGCAUGGACAGCUACGAGCAGGAGGAGGACAUCGACCAGAUCGUGGCCGAGGUCAAGCAGAGCAUGAGCUCGCAGAGCCUCGACAAGGUGGCCGAGGACAUGCCCGAGGCUGAGCAGGACCUGGAGCGUGCCCCUACUCCGGGCGGGGGCCACCCCGACAUCCCCGGGCUGCAGGCGCCAGCGGGGCAGCAAAGGGCUGCAGGCCCCGCGGGAGGCGAGGUGGUGCAGCGGUACAGCAAGGAGAAGAGGGAUGCCAUCUCUCUGGCCAUCAAGGACAUCAAGGAGGCCAUCGAGGAGGUGAAAACCAGGACCAUCCGUUCGCCUUACACCCCCGACGAGCCCAAAGAACCCAUCUGGGUCAUGCGCCAGGACAUUAGCCCCACCAGGGACUGUGACGACCAGAGGCCGGUGGAUGGGGAUUCUCCGUCUCCUGGCAGCUCCUCCCCCCUGGGUGCAGAGUCUUCAGGUACACCCCUUCAACCCAGUGACCCUGCGGAAGCCUCCACACAUAAAGAGUCAAGAAAAAGCUUGGCUUCAUUCCCGACCUACGUUGAAGUUCCUGGACCUUGUGACCCUGAGGACUUGAUCGAUGGAAUCAUUUUUGCUGCUAAUUACCUCGGCUCCACUCAGCUGCUCUCAGACAAAACUCCCUCCAAAAAUGUACGCAUGAUGCAGGCCCAGGAGGCAGUCAGCAGGAUCAAGAUGGCCCAGAAAUUAGCCAAAAGCAGGAAGAAGGCUCCUGAAGGUGAAUCUCAGCCAAUGACCGAGGUGGAUCUCUUCAUUUCUACUCAGAGAAUCAAAGUAUUGAAUGCCGACACACAGGAGACGAUGAUGGACCACCCUCUGAGGACCAUUUCCUAUAUCGCAGACAUCGGAAACAUCGUCGUGCUGAUGGCCCGCAGGCGGAUGCCCCGCUCCAACUCCCAGGAGAAUGUGGAAGCCUCCCACCCAUCCCAGGAUGGAAAGAGGCAAUACAAGAUGAUCUGCCAUGUCUUCGAGUCCGAGGAUGCGCAGCUGAUCGCGCAGUCCAUUGGGCAGGCAUUCAGCGUGGCAUACCAGGAGUUCCUCAGGGCCAACGGCAUCAACCCCGAAGAUCUCAGCCAGAAGGAGUAUAGUGACCUGCUCAACACCCAGGACAUGUACAAUGACGACCUCAUCCACUUCUCCAAGUCGGAAAACUGCAAAGAUGUCUUCAUAGAGAAGCAGAAGGGAGAAAUCCUAGGUGUGGUGAUUGUGGAGUCUGGCUGGGGAUCCAUCUUGCCCACCGUGAUCAUCGCCAACAUGAUGCAUGGAGGGCCCGCAGAGAAAUCAGGGAAGCUGAAUAUCGGGGACCAGAUCAUGUCCAUAAAUGGCACCAGCCUGGUGGGCCUGCCUCUCUCUACCUGCCAGAGCAUUAUUAAGGGCUUGAAGAAUCAGCCCCGGGUGAAGCUGAAUAUCGUGAGGUGUCCUCCGGUAACCACCGUGCUGAUCAGGAGACCAGACCUCCGCUACCAGCUGGGCUUCAGCGUCCAGAAUGGAAUCAUUCACAUGAAGACGAUGCCAGCUGCCAUGUACAGACUGCUGACGGCCCAGGAGCAGCCUGUCUACAUCUGAGGCCGCGCCGGCCCCCGGAGGUGCGCAUGGAGGACUCCCUCACCCGUGGUUGUGUUUCUCGUGCUGCAUCUGUGUGCCCACUGAGACAUCUCCCUCUCAUGCCCAGCAUUCAGUUUUACGCAGGAAGAGAAGAAUCCUCAAAGACCUCUUCGCGCGCUCUCUCUCUCUCAUUUGCAUUUUUGUUUUUAAUACCAGGGAAGUUGUGUGUGCUCUCCCUUGAGGAUGGAGAGCAGCCAGGGGCUAGCUGGUGUCUGCCCAGGACUAUCCUGAAGGGCCCCUGGGGCUCCUGAGCAGCACUGUCACUGUCCAAGGGGAAUGCUCCCUUCCCAAGAGGUGCAGAGCUUCCAGAGGAGCUUCCGGGGCAGCGAAGAAGCUGACUCAGCAGCACCUACAGUCCCCUCACUGAUGUCUGCUCUCCUCAAUUUAUGGGAAAAUGAUAGGAACGAGGGCCAGCCUGUGUCUUUACACCCACCCACCAUGGACUUGGGCCACCAUAUAUUAUUUCUGAGCCAAUCCUGUGCCUCUUCUAUAGCUAGUUUUAGUUUCUACAUAAUUGUGUUUUCUCAUAUGAGCCUUCUUCCCCAAGGAUGGAAAGGGAACUGCCUUGGACAAGGGCACCAUCAUGUUGGAGAGAGCUUGGCAAUUCGUCAGGUGUCCUGGGGUUCCCAGUCAUCACACAGAUGGGCAGGUGCCCGCUGCCUCCCUGUCACACAUGUGCAUAUUCAGUCCCACCAGCUCAUAUACCAGCUUCCCUCCCCACACCAGUGAGGCACACAGAGCCCCUAGACAGCCCACACCACCUGGGCUCCCAGCAUUCUAGUGGGCUCCCCGCAUGUGCCCCCUGACACACAGGGGUCUAGGGGGGAGGGAUCACUCUCCAUGAAGCUGAGGAUAGGAUGUAAUUGUGAUACGUUGUCUGGCUCAAGGUGGGCCCAGUUUUCUUCUCUGCUCAGGGCCGGGAGGUAGGAUGUGACAUUUGAAACACCAGAAUGGUACAUAAACCACAAAACUAAGGGGUCAAGAACAACCUCAGGCUACGUCUCAGAAUCCCCAAAUGGGUUCCAGAAACAUCAUUUGCUGCUUGUGGGUCUGAGGAGUUUUCAGUUGCUGUGGAAUGUUCCAUGUUUCCAUCGGGGGCCUCGUAGUCAUGGUCUGUCAGUUCGGUGCCCAUGUUUUAGUAAUACUAUUCUGAGCCAGCUUUCACUUAUUCUUGGUCCAAAGAGCAUCUUGUUUUCAUGUGGGUGGGGUGUGGCUUGGUUGGGUUUUUGUUUUGUUUUGUUCAUGACCUCAGCAGAGGCAGGGGAAGAGAAACUAAUAUAUUUUAUAAUAUUAAUGUAGUCCCUGUUCUCUACAUCUGGGAUAUUUAUGUGUGUCUGUGGAAAUAGGAACUUGGUGAGCUCACAUUGGGUAGCAUGUAUUUAUAUGUUGAGUGGGGGUACUUCGGGGAGGGGGAUAUGAAAUAUAAAAAGAUGAGGACCAAGAGAUUUCCAUGACCAAGUGGUGUGGUCUGCUCCCCUGGGAUGACCUCUGGACAUUCUGAGUACCUGGUUAGAGUCAGGAAAGCAGACUGACUGAAAGGUGUCAGCCGCUGAGCUCUGGCUGUGCUGCGAGCCCUCGCAAAGCCCAGAUAUCCUCUCAGGAAGGUGCAGCCCUUUCUCCAGAGGUGCCAGGUGAGCAGACCCAGGCCUCUGGUCUCCAGCUCAUGCUGCUGGGAGACCCCCACAAGCACGAGGCAUCAGGAACUGUGGUCCAGGUUCUCAUUUACCAAACUGCGGAAUGUCUGAUAAUAUACUCAAAUGCUAAAGAGUCAUAUGUUCAUCUCGCCUUUGCCAAAAAGAGACUGUGGGUAAAACGGGAAUGUAGUGUCAGCGGUGGCAUUUCAGGCACCAGGUGCCUUGGUAAAUCACUAGAGAGGCUCAUGCCCCCGGCUGCCAGUUGGGCACCAGGACUGCCUGCCCAGGCACCUGCACAGAGGCCUGCUCGUGACUGGCCAGUGGAUGGGACUCUGUCUGCAUCUCCUGUGCAAACUCCCAAAGAAUUACAUCUGGAUAUCGUCACUCCAGGAGGGGGAGGCAAAACAUGCCUUCUGCUGUUGCACGAGAAUCUUGGGAAGUUGCACAGGUGCCAAGGAAGCCAUGUUGGUAAGCUCUCCUAGAGGACAGCAUGUUUUAGUGUAAGAGGAGGAUUAUCCACCGCACACCUUCACCCUGUGGGGUGGCUCCUCACACCCAGGUAGGAUAUGUUUCUGGAGCUCAGUACAGGUUCACCCACCGGAAGUGCAUCCUUUUCCCCCAUCCAUUGGAUAAAGGGAGUUAACCUACCUUCAGUGAACCAGUGAGGCAGGAUCUUGUAUGUUAGUAACUCUGUGUCUGAAGGUCCCCUGGGAAGUGGUGGCCUGUUUCCCUUGACACCCCAACAUGCAUAAUGAUAAGUGUAAAUAUCUGAAUACCCUGUGUGGUGGGGAAGAUUGCACAGGGCCUUCCCAAGCAUGGCCCAGGCAAAAAGCCACUCCUGCUGCUUGGGUAAGACAUGCUGGUGACUCAGCUUUAGGGAUAGAUUCCCAGAUUCAUCUACCCCUUUUGGUCCAGCCAGGGUGCACCAGAACCCAUCCUGCCUCUGCCUGCUCACUGGGACCGUAUCAGGGAGCCACUGUCAGCCUUGGGUUUGAGAGAGGAAGAAACCCUCAGAGACCAAUGCCUGGAGCCCCCGCCAGCAGAGCGGGUUCCUCGGGGCCUGGAGCCCACCCCCAGGGCUCUGGGCUCUUCGCCCCUGCAGCCAAGUCUGCUUUCUGAACAUCACCCAACACUGGCCUCAGAGAGUCCCAGAGUAACCUACUACCUCCCCCACCGUUCCUGCCACCCCCCGGCCCCUGUGGGCACCCAGCUCCCCAUCUGCACGCUGACAAAACCCAUCCGUGAGCGCUCUGUGAGCCCCUCCUCCCAGGGGCGUGGCUGUUACCAAUGUUUACAACCAAGAGCCACCUCCUCUCAGACAUGUUUACUCUCCCACUUAAAAGGCCUCUUGGUUUGAAUCCUGCGUCUGUCUGCUCCUUCCCUGGUUUGGGUCCACUUGAACACCCGGCCCUGAUUCUGCACCCCCUCCAUCAAGGCAGCGCGUGAAGCCUGUGUGGGAAGGAUCUCCUUGUACAUAUUCAGCACAGCCCCUGGAAUAUGAACCUGUACUCUUGUUCUGUAAAGAGGGUGAAAUAUAGCUUAUUGUAAAGCAUUGGGAGAAGUAUUGUAUUUGUAACAAUAUUGUUCUUUGUAUACACAAAACUCAAUGAUCUCUAUAUAUAAAUAUAAAUUAUAUAAAUAAAAUAUCUAUACACGUGAGCCUGGAAUGUUGAUGCCGCACACCCACUGAAUGUACUUCCCCUGACAGUCUGGCCACUGGGCCCGGCCCGCCCUCCCCACCUCUGUACCAUUUGGGGGAUUGUGAUGUAUUUAAUGUGUUCUUUUCCUUUAUUUAACUGAACGCUAAUGUCUGUAAGAGUCGCUGCAACAAUAAACAAGAACUUCAUCUCUUG